CACCAUUCACCGAAUCCCUCUCUAUCUCUCUUCAUAUCUGCACGAGCCUGAAUCCCGAGAGGGUUUCGGACCUAAAUUUUCGCCCACGAUUUCCUUUUUUUUCUUUGAUUUGAUUUUCUAUAUUUGGCUGCUCCGAACGAUUUCGCUUUGUCUUUGAUCCUUCCGAAAUGGUAGACGCUCAUACGCCGUCGUCCAUGUCGCCGCCGGUUGCAGAUCGAGAAUCAUCCAUGUCGGUCUCUGCUAGCGACUUGACUCGUUUGAACUCCGAAUCCUACUCUUCUUCCAAUACCGUUGAUGCGUCCGAGGGGGAUUUGCCUUUGAUGCCUUCUCAUCAUUGUUUUCAACUGGAUGCGGUGCAAACACAUUGGACAGAUGAGAAACACAGAUUAUUUCUUGAUGCUUUAGAAGCAUCUUUUGUCCAAGAUUUGCAUCGAUAUAGGCAUCUUCGUGCUUUUUCCUCGAAACAGAAAAUGCGUCGGAAGCCGAUCAUGCCUAAUAUAUCUUCUUCAGAGUCGAUGGUCCUUCAGGAUGCCUCCUGGCAGAAGGCUAACAUUGGGAGAACUGAUCCUUUAUUGCAUAAGACUGCCGAUUCUCCCGCUAUUUUAGAGGAUGUAUGGAUAAAUCAUUUCCCUUCUGCAGGAAAUCAGCGUACUCCGGAAACUACUGAUGUUCUUGAAGAAUGUGGAAGUUGUAGUGAUAGGAGUCACAUAAGAAACAAGACAAACUCCUGUCAAUCUGCCAGAAGUUCUCAGCAGAUUCCUCCAUGCUGUCGUGAUUCUCAUACAAUCGUUGCAGAAGUUUCAGAUCAAAACUUUGUGGAUACGCAUCCAGGAGAGUUGUCUGGUGGCACGCCUAUUACAAAAAGAUUGAAGAAAGCUUCCUCUGAUUCUUUAGGCAACGAUCGGGUAAAACUCGGGAUUGCCUUUGAUCUCUCUUUGGAGAACCAAUAAUUGCAUUUUACAAAUGAUCCAGGACCGAAUAUGCUGCUAUUUGAUCUCUCAGGUUGCACCAUAUAAAAGAUUAUCAUCAGAAAGAUAAAAGCCAGAUGCAAAAACUUUGUGCCUCCAAAUUCAGAUUUGUGUUACUGUGUAAGAGGGAGCUGACAACAACUCAUUCCAACAUGUUAAAACACCCGGCUGUUCAAGCUCGUUAACCGAACGCGACACGAUUCUGUUUUUCCUUUUGAAAGAGCAUCAAAAAGUAAAUAAGGGAAGUGACAACAAUAAUUCUACCAGAAGAUCUACGGCUGGAAGGAGAAAAUACGUUUGUUUAUGGUACAAACUAAACUUUUUCUUAGUUCAUCAAAUAUAGAGUGAAAUAUAUGUUAACCCUUUCAUUUCUCCUGCUUUUUUUCUUCUUUGAGUUUGAAGAAAUGGAAAUUCCAAUAGAUUUAGGGUAUGAAUAUACAUGAUAUAGAGAAAGCUAGACACCGACCCUGAUACUGAGAUAGAUAUACACACCCUUUUUCAUCUGUUUUGAAAUACUCUCAUUUUGAAGUUCAGGUAGAGACCUCAAAUGUAAAUUACUAUUACAUAAAACAAUAGAUUUGAACAGACUUAUUGAUUCUCUUUA